GUAUUACCGAGUGAGAGAAGAAACGGCCGGGAUUUUCGAACGCCAAGUGGAUUCUCACCGGUUCGAGCAAGCGCUGGUGCCGCCGGCGCUGCCUUAACCCAGCCGUCGCUCCGAAGCUCGCGGAGGACGGGUGUGGGUUUUACGAGCGGCAUCACGCAGUCGAAGAAUAGGAGACGGUCACCACAGCUUAGUACACGAUGGCGACCAGGUUUCAGUUAGGAUGGUAUCGAUGGGUGCCAUUCCUCGGGUAUCACCACGUGUUGAUGAUCUUGAUAGCUGUGGCAAUAAUAUUGCUAUCGCUCCUUCUCGCCGGGUGCUCGUCGUCGUCACCCCUAAUCCCUGACAUCUUCCUUCUUUCGCUCUACUAUCAGCGCUACACGGCUGUGCCCGACACGGCACAAGUCGACUACAACGUCAACAAUGCCAUCGCGAACAUCGUGGGCAGCGCACGCCUACAGGCGCGCGUGGGCUUCUUCGGCAUCUGCGUGAGCCCCGACGGCGGCUCUUGGCUGUGCAGCAACAACGCCACGACGUUGGCGAACGAGGUGUCGGUAGACCAGGAUCCGCUCAACCUCAUCUGGCUGGCAAGCCAGUUCAAGGACAUGAUUGUCUUCCCCUACCUGCUCAUCAUCGCCAUCAUCUUCGCCUUCAUCUGCCUCCUCCUCCUCGCCACCUUCCCCGGGUGGCACGAGGAAGAAGACAGCGAAGGGUCCGAGCGCGAAGUCAAGCCCUUCCCGUCGCGUCCCGUCAGCCAGGUAGCGCUGGCCAUCAUCUUCAUUGCGUCCAUCUUCGUGCUGGUGUCGGUCCUCUGGCAGCAUACGGCCUCAGUGGCGGCCAGCAUCAUCGCGCAGGACCUGGCCAACGGCAGCGUCUUGUCCGGCGUCGGCUCCUCGGCCAUGGUCAUGGGCUGGUUCAGCUUCACGCUGCUGAUCAUUGUGACGAUUGGCUUGUUGGUCAUGAUAUUAUCCAUGCAGGUGCUGGAACAUAUCAUGGACUGAUGGGCCGGCGGGGAAAAACGAACCUUAGAAUUGGGU